ACCAAUGAGUUGAGGAGGGAAACAGGCUGUGUACUGGGUGGCGAGUCAGACUCGGCUACUGCGUCAAGGAGACAGCCGAGGCUUGCGCAUUGGGGCGGCCAGCGAUGAAGCCGCCUAGUUCAUUACAGACAAGUGAGUUUGACUCAUCAGAUGAAGAGCCUAUUGAAGAUGAGCAGACUCCAAUUCAAAUAUCAUGGCUACCUCUGUCACAAGUGAAUUGUUCUCAGUUCCUUGGCUUAUCUGCUCUUCCAGGGUGUAAAUUUAAAGAUGUCAGAAGAAAUAUCCAAAAAGAUACAGAAGAACUAAAGAGCUAUGGUAUACAAGACAUAUUUGUUUUCUGCACCAGAGGGGAACUAUCAAAAUAUAGAGUCCCAAACCUAUUGGACCUUUACCAACAGUACGGAAUUAUCACUCAUCAUCAUCCAAUACCAGAUGGCGGGACUCCCGACAUAGCCAGAUGCUGCAAAAUGAUGGAGGAACUUGCAAUCUGCCUUAAAAAUAAUCGGAAAACUUUAAUACACUGUUAUGGAGGACUUGGGAGAUCUUGUCUUGUAGCUGCUUGUCUUCUGCUAUACCUGUCUGACACAGUUUCACCACAACAAGCCAUAGACAGCCUGAGAGACUUAAGAGGAUCUGGGGCAAUACAGACCAUCAAGCAAUAUAAUUAUCUUCAUGAGUUCCGGGACGAACUAGCUGCACAUCUAUCAUCAAGAGAGUCACUAUCAAGAUCUGUAUCCAGAUAAAGAAAAAAAGAAAGAACAACUUUGAAUAAUAUAUGUAUGAUCAUAUCUAAACUUUAAGAGCUCUCUAACAUAACCAGAAAUACAGUGAAAUAACUAAGAUUAUCAAAUUGGAUGUAAAUGUAUAUGUGCAGAUUCCUGGUUUUUAUGAAGUUUUGUAUCUGUUUAUAUGAGAGAAAAAACUGCUAUACAGUUUUAUUUCUAGAAAUUCA